AUGUUAUCCUUCGAGGAUCUGGAAGCCGCUUGUUACACCACGAGAGGCGUGACUGACCUCGAGGGCGAGCAGGGCCCCAAGGCAAAGAUCGAGGCACAGGGGUGCGGUACCUCGGGACGCGACCCUUUCAGACGAGGGGGGAGACGGAGCGGACUCUGGCGAAUCGAAUGGCGCUGGGAUCAGAGGACAGGGGGGGCCGUGGAGAAAAACGCCGACGAACAAGGCCUGAUCCGUGGCGUUGAGCAUCGAGCGUCGACGCAGAUGGGGCGCCAUUAUUGGCAGACGCAUGUCCAUAGCACACAACGGGAGGGCCAGGGCACCGCAGGGACAGCGGCAAGGAUGCUCAGGUCUCGGCAACGCUUGUUGCGGGGUCUCGCUGCUUUAGCUGGCCACUAUGGUGGAGGUGGUGGUGAGGUCGGACUGGGAGCUCGCCCACCAUGCCGCGCGUGGUGCAGCGUGCUGUUCUCCAUGCUCCUGUCGAGUAACCAAGGCACUCGCAACGCUGCCCCCCGUCCGGGCGAGCGUGCCUAUCAGCGCGGGGCCCUGCGAGGCGUGUGGCUUGAGAGUGGGCUCCCGCGCAGGCGUUUCGUAACGGCUAUGGCUGGCGAGAUUGCGUCAGGAACAUGCUGCAUCGCGUCAAGCGUCGGCGAACGCAGCGUCGCCCCUAACUGCAUCUGUGCCCCUGCUGCUGCACCUGCGCGAUCGGUCGUACGCAGCGGUGCUGCUUGUCAAACUGUGGUUGACAGCGGUGCCAUUCGACGUAACGUGACCCGCGCCCGGUCCCGGGGCGAGCAAAAUGGCACUGUCCCUCUGACAGCCGGCAUUCGACGGCGGUCCUGUUUGGCUGGCCGGCGCUGGGCUGAGGCGGCGCGCUCGUACUGUAGACGCGGCUGUCGAGACUGCGCUGGGGAGCAUGCGCACAACACGGCACGGCGCCGUCAGCAUCGCGAGCGCGACCGGACGGCCGCGGGACGUGUGAAGCAGCCGGACGUUUCGCAGGCGCCAGAGACACGCCCGCGGGCAUACGCAAUCUCUGAGGGCAAUGCCGGAGGCGCGGUGUCUUCAGACGCUGCCAAGCACGCCGACGUGUGGUUGAGCGGGUGCACCCCAAUCGCGAGGACGGCAAGGCGGCCAGGAAAUGAGCAGGAGGGCACAGGACGGGCAGCGAUAGCGAACCGGACCGCGCUGUCCAGCGUCCGCCGCGGAUAUUUUCGACGCAUCAUUGGACGGAGCGUAGGCAUAGUCGCGGAGGUUUGA